UUUUUGCGUUUUGCUAUUGUUUGACAAUUGAGCACAUGCGCGUUAACCUACAAUUUUGCUUCAGCCAUUUAUGUUGAUAGCAUAUUAUCAAGUGUAAAACGUUAUAAUCAGUAUGACCGAUUCCUCAAUGAAUUUUGGUCCGGCGUGGAUCCGCAACCUUCGAUCGGAAGGCACCACCGGGGGCGGAGGCCCGAGUGGUGGCUCGCGGUAUCAGUUGGCAGAGUAUAGAUACGGCAGAGAAGAAAUGCUCGCACUGUUUGAGCGCAAUGCAAAGCCCCCCGCGUCCCUCCUCACUUUUAAAACGCUAUAUUCGGAACAAACAAUGGUCCCCCUGGCCCUCCUCCCAACCACCGAGGAGGAGCAGAGGGGCUGGCAGAGCCGCCCCACGAGCAUCAGUGGGGCACCGCGGGGCAGAGGCAGCUCGCUAGAGCGCGGGGGGCGCGUUAGCAGAGGCAGAGGGGGUUAUCAGGGCUACGGCCGCGCGGCUUCGUCAUACGACAGCGGAUGGGGCAACGGGGAACAGCCCGACUGGAGCCCCCGCAAAGAAUUCGCCUCCAGGUCGGCGCUUAUCGAUAAUUGGCGCCGAGUCAGGAAUAACAAUGAAGAGGAUGAUGGCUGGCGCAAUAUCAGCUCUGGUAGGGCUUUGCAUGAAAAAUGGGGCCGCUCGGCGAGCUGGCGAGGGGAGGGGGACUCGGAGGAAAGGAAUGGGCCUCCCGAAAGGGGGGCUCGGGCCAAUUGGCAUGAGAAUAACAGGGGGGCUCCGUUACGGAGGUCUUGGGACAACGAGGACCAUCUGCCGGAGUGGGCCACGGAAAACCCCACGGAAGGCGGGGGCACGUUUGAUGAAAGAGGGGCGUUUCACGGGUCAGACGAUGAACAGGAUGGCAAAAGGGAUAAGAGGGAUAUGUUGCAAAAGUCCACCUCACAACAACAUAUUCCGAAUCGGGGUAAUCCCCCGUCGUUAUCCUCUUCCAAAUCUACCACGUCGCUCUCGAGGUCGGAGGACAGUGAUAAGUAUAAAGAGGAACCUAGCUGUAAAGAAUUAAAGGAGGAGCUUUUUAAACCGAAAGAGAGCAGUCCUCCCGAAAACGAUAAAUCCAAAGCAAGCGACGAGAAAGACGAGCGAAAUUUCGAAGAAAAUAAAUUUCAGUCGUGUAAUAACGCUGUCCAAGAUCAAAUAACGCCAAACAUAGACAAAGUGGACGAAGAUUUCGAUCGUCUCCAGGAAGAUCUGGUCCUGAAACUAGUCGUGGACGAAGAAACGCCCAAAUCCCAACAACCCUCGGCAAACUUUGACGUGGCAGGGGUGCAACCACCCCCAAAUCUCGCUCCGCCCUCUCAAGAUAAAUGGUACUAUCAAGACCCGCAAGGUACAAGACAAGGGCCGUUUGCAAACGUGGAAAUGGCCGAAUGGUACAAAGCGGGCUAUUUUAGUAACCAAUUACACGUAAUGCGCGAGUGCGACGAAAGGUAUUUUCUUUUGGGCGAAUUAAUCAAUUUGUGCGGGGGCGAAAAUCCAUUCUUAUCGAAUAUAAGAUUUCCCGUAUUGAAAAACGAAGCAAAAUUGCCCGAUGACAUGUUGCCAUAUCAGUUUUUGUCACAGUUGGCGUUCAAACAGCAAGUGUCUUUGAGGAAUUUAGCCGAGCCUUGGAGUGCCCUCACGCUGCAACAGCAGGAAUUGGCCGCACAGAGGUUGCUAAUGCAACAACAGCAACAACAAUUACCGCCUGAUUUGCCGUUUAUGCAACAGACCACGCCGUCUAAUCCCUUGAUGUUUAUGAUCAAUCAAAUGCAACAAAGUAAUAAGCUCCCAGGUUCAGUCCUGGUGGACAAACCUCCCAGCAGUGUGCCUAAUCAGCUCGAUCCUCUUCUCGUUCAGAUGGGAAACAUGCAUUCGCUGCAAAACCGAAUGCAAACUCCUGGUCUCCACAACCACCUCCCAGGGAGUGGAGUUCCUUCAAAUCUAACAUCGUCUCUACCUCCCGACGGCUUGGGUAACACUUUGCCAAAUUUACAAACAUCCCCAAUUCCAACAUUACCUGGAAUGCAUGGGAAUUUACCGACUGGUCUUCCCGGUCCUAUUAACGUAAAUCGCCCCUCAAUGGAUCAAUUACCACCAGGACAAGACAACGAUCCAAUUACAAAUUUCCUGAAACAGUUCCAGCAACAGCGACAAUUGCCUUUGGAUUCACUCUGGCAGAAACAAAACCAAUUCGGUGCGCCCCCGGUGAGUACCCCAAACCAGUGGCCCCAACAGACUGAUGCGAGCAUAUCAAUGUGGGAUAUGCAAACACCUGAAGGGGUUGAAAAACCAGUCCAGGAUAAAGAACAAGAGAAAAAACCGAAAGAGGAAUUAUCACAGAAAGAAUUAAAGAAACGAAAAGAACAGGAAGAGAAACAAGCGAAGAAAGAAGCGGACGAACGCAGAAAACAAGAGCAAAAGAAGCAGGAAGCGGAGCGCAAAGCCGCCGAAGACAAGAAGAAAAAGGAGGAGGAAAAAAUAAGAAAGGAACUAGAAAAGGCGAAGAAAGAAGCAGAGGAGAAGCGACUUCGGGAACUAGACGAGAAACGAAGACUUAAAGAACAGAGGAAAGUCGAAGAAGAAAUGAGAAAAAAGAACGAGGAGCUCAAAAAAAUCGAAGAAGAGAAAAACAGACGUGAGAAGGAAAAAGAAGAGAAAAAGCUGGCAGAAGUGGCAAAAUUGAACCAGAGCCAGGCGAGAGGUGCUUCCAAAACGGCUCCAUGGUGCCAAUCAAACUUCACAUCAAAUCUAAAUUUGACCGAUAUUCAGAAAGCAGAGAAAGAGAAACGUGCAAUGGAAGCGGCUCUCCAACUCCAAAAACAACAACUUCAAGAGUUGCAACAGCAACAACAAAUUGAAAAAACCGGUGGUCUUCAGUUGAAUUGGGCUAAGAAACCGAUUGAACCGAGGAAAGUUAAGUCUGUUGCUGAGAUUCAAGCCGAAGAACAGGAGAGAUUAGCAAAGUUGACAGCUGAGGCGAGAAUGGCUGCGCAACUCAAAGAAAAAGAAGCUCCAGUUUCGAAUUCGGGGAGCAUUUGGAAUGGUCAAAGUCUGACUUGGGCAAACGCUUCCUCAACCUCGCAGUGGUCGACGAAUUCUGCUGGAGGUUUCUGGGAUGAGGUCCCGACCAAAGCCUCUAAUAAACCGUCCACAGUAUCUAAGAGUAAUUCAACUAGUGCCAUGACUACUACAAGUAAGCAGCCGAAGCAAUCGAAAAGUAAAACUAAGAAAGAGGAGUCACCAAAAUCGGUCAAUAAUAAUAAUAAUCAAACCAAGGACGAAUUUACGGAUUGGUGCUACAAGACUUUAGCCAAUAUUUCCGCAGACGUAGAUAUUCCUACAUUUGUAACUUUCCUACGUGAUAUUGAAUCAGCUUACGAUGUAAGAGACUACUGCAAGGAGUAUUUAGGCGAAAGUCCCGCAACGCAGCAAUUUGCGUCGAAUUUUUUGGAAAAAAGACGCUCGUUUAAGCCUAAGAACAAUGCUCACAAAGACGAUAUGUGUUCGCCGGCACCCGCAAUUACCCCUUCGUUGCAACACAGCACUGAAUUCCAAGAAGUUAAAGGUAAAAAUAAGAAAAACAAAAAGUCAAGGAUGUUAAAAGUCGACUCUCGAAUCUUGGGGUUUAACGUCACUUCAGCUCCAGACCGAAUCAAUGUGGGUGAUAGAGAUUAUGGUGAUAACUCGUAAAAUUUUGUUUCUGUUUCAAAAAUCACCAAACUGUUAUUGUACCUUUAUAUAAAAUAUAUUAUAUUAAUAUGA